AUGUCUAAAAGAGCUUUAGACUGGAGGCGCUUCUGUAGUGUGGUCAGUUCCUCUGAUCCCCCACCAGGGAACACACAUGCGGCCGUCAGUAAAUUUCCAGUAACUCUGAUCUAUAAUAAUCAGGUUCUGAAUGUAAAGGAUCUCUUGGCAAGUCCCGCGAGACGGAUGACUUAUUUGGAGCCCAAGUGCCUUAUAGCUCACCCGUACGUGUACUGCCCGCCGUACAAGGAAGAGGAUGAUGCAUGGGGACUCCUUCUUCUGCUUGGCCUCGUUUUGAUACUAGGCGAGAAAUUUGCUACUGAUGGUACAAAUCUUGUGAACGACAUAGCGAAAACCACUGCAACCACACUGAUAGGGACCCCUGGUCCAAUCAGCAUUUUACUACCGCCGAUUCUUUUUAAUUAAAAUCAACGCAUGUGUUACAAA